UAACCUGUUAACCGUGAAUCUGACUCCGGAUCAGCCGCUGUGUGUGUGUAAACAGGACAGUGACGUGUGUUGAGCGCAGAGCUGACCUCGGGUCAGAUUCUCUGUGACGUCACUUCACACAAACUUAAAAACUUUUUAGCCGUUAGCUUCAGUUAGCACGGCUCUGUUAGCUGCCAGGCUUUAAAACCCGGGUUAAAUUUCCACUUCGGUACCAGAAGACAGGAACCGGGACCAGAAGACAGGAACCGGUACCAGAUGACAGGAACCGGGAUGACGUUAAUUUAAAAAGUUCGUUUUUAUCCGGAACAGAGUGAACCACAGUAAGCUAACUGUUAGCCGCAGGCGGCUACACGGAGGAUUAACGGAGCUAACAGACCGGGAGCUAACAGACCGGAGCUAACAGACCGGAGCUAACAGACCGGGAGCUAACAGACCGGAGCUAACAGACCGGGAGCUAACAGACCGGAGCUAACAGACCGGGAGCUAACAGACCGGAGCUAACAGACCGGGAGCUAACAGACCGGAGCUAACAGACCGGGAGCUAACAGACCGGAGCUAACAGACCGGGAGCUAACAGACCGGAGCUAACAGACCGGGAGCUAACAGACCGGAGCUAACAGACCGGGAGCUAACAGACCGGAGCUAACAGACCGGGAGCUAACAGACCGGAGCUAACAGACCGGGAGCUAACAGACCGGAGCUAACAGACCGGGAGCUAACAGACCGGGAGCUAACAGACCGGAGCUAACAGACCGGAGCUAACAGACCGGAGCUAACAGACCGGAGCUAACAGACCGGGAGCUAACAGACCGGGAGCUAACAGACCGGAGCUAACAGACCGGAGCUAACAGACCGGAGCUAACAGACCGGAGCUAACAGACCGGGAGCUAACAGACCGGGAGCUAACAGACCGGAGCUAACAGACCGGAGCUAACAGACCGGAGCACUCUGUAUAUAAGUACUCUGUGUAAGUACUUUAUAUAAGUACUCUGUGUGGAUGAACAGCGCUGACAUCAUGUUUCCAUGACAACAAGGCUGCAGUCCUCAGUGGAGUGGACCCCCCUCUGUGACACGCUGCUGUUACCCUCCUCUGAUUGGUUGCCUGUCACCCAUCUGUCAGUAUGCAGCUGACCUAUCAGAAGCUGCCGACUCAGCUAAGGCGGAGCUCCAGACUGAGGAAGCUCAUGGCCACACUGCUCGCCGCGUACGCUGUCAAAAGACUGUCACCAUACAUCUGGAGGAGGAUACAGAGUGCAGCAGGUAAACAGCUGGGUGGAGCUAAGCUUCCUGAAGGCGUGGUCAACACCUCGUCGAGCUCUGUGGACGACAACAGUGGGAAGAAGAAGAGAGACAGCAGGUCUCCGUCAGUGAACAGGGAGUUCGUCCUCAGACUGUGUCGUCUGUUGAAGCUGUUGUUUCCACGGUUACUGUGUCCAGAGAUUGGACUGCUGGGUCUGCACUCACUGACUCUGAUGACCAGAACCUUCCUGUCUAUCUACGUCGCUGCUCUGGAUGGUGUGAUCGUGAAGUGCAUCGUGCAGAAGGAUCCUCAGGCCUUCGUGCUGCAGCUCUCUAAGUGGCUCCUCGUCGCCGUUCCUGCAACCUUCAUCAACAGUGCCAUCAGAUUUCUGGAAGGUCAGCUGACCCUCAGGUUCAGGAGCCGAUUGGUCGACCACGCCUACCAGCUGUACUUCACCAACCAGACAUAUUAUCGUGUCAGUAACAUGGAUGGCCGUCUGUCCAAUCCGGAUCAGUCUCUCACUGAGGACAUCGUCAUGUUUUCAGCCUCCAUCGCUCAUCUUUACUCCAACCUGACCAAACCCAUCCUGGACGUGGUCGUCACCUGUUACACCCUGCUGCGCACCGCUCAGUCCAAAGGAGCCAACACUACGUGGCCGUCCGUCAUCGCCGGCCUAGUGGUGGCACUCACAGCCAAAGUCUUGCGCUCCUGCUCGCCUCGAUUCGGGAAGCUGGUAGCCGAGGAGGCGAGGAGGAAAGGAGACCUGAGGUACAUGCACUCUCGUAUCAUCGCCAACUCUGAGGAGAUUGCCUUCUACGGAGGACACAAGGUGGAGAUGGCCCAGCUGCAGAGGAGCUACACGUCUCUGUCCGCUCAGAUCCAUCAGAUCCUGCUGAAGCGUCUCUGGUACAUCAUGUUGGAACAGUUCCUCAUGAAGUACGUGUGGAGCGCAUCCGGCCUGGUGAUGGUCGCCGUGCCCAUCAUCACCGCCACAGGAUAUUCCAAAUAUGACUCUGAGGAGGUAAAGCAGGCCGCCAUGGUGAUGAAGGAGGAGGAGUUAGUAAGCGAGCGGACGCAGGCUUUCACCACAGCAAGGAACCUCCUGAAUGCUGCAGCCGACGCCGUGGAGAGGAUCAUGAGCUCCUACAAGGAGGUGACAGAGUUGGCGGGGUACACCUCUCGAGUCUCUGACAUGUUGGAUGUGUUUGAAGACGUGAACAAGGGAGUCUACCGUCGCUCUGCUGACAGAGAGGAGGAGGAGACAGGAGGAGCGGGAGGAGCAGCAGCUGUGGUUCAGCAUGGUCAGAGAGUGUGUGGUCGUCUGGAGAUCAGAGGUCAUGUGAUCAGUGUGGAGAAGAUUAUUCGCUGUGAGAAUCUGCCAAUCAUCACGCCAACCGGAGACGUCGUGAUCUCCAGCCUCAACAUCCAGGUGGAUGAAGGGAUGAACGUGUUGAUCACGGGUCCAAACGGCUGCGGGAAGAGUUCUCUGUUUAGGAUCCUCAGUGGACUGUGGCCCGUCUAUGGAGGAGUCCUGUACCGUCCAGAACCACAGAACAUGUUCUACAUACCACAGAGGCCUUACAUGUCAGAGGGGACCCUCAGAGAUCAGGUGAUCUAUCCAGACUCUGUGGAGGAGAUGAUCCAGAGAGGAGUCACUGAUACAGACCUGGAGGAGAUCCUUCAAACCGUCCACCUGCUCUACAUCCUGGAUCGAGAGGGAGGUCUGUGUGAAAGAGAGGGAGGUCUGUGUGAUGGAGAAGGAGGUUGGGACUCAGUCAGCGAUUGGAAAGACGUCCUGUCUGGAGGAGAGAAACAGAGGAUGGGGAUGGCUCGCAUGUUUUACCACCAUCCCCGUUACGCUCUGUUGGACGAGUGUACGAGCGCAGUCAGCAUCGAUGUGGAGGGAAAGAUCUUUCAGGCUGCAAAGGAUGCUGGGAUAGCUCUGCUGUCAAUCACACACAGACCCUCUCUGUGGAAGUACCACUCUCACCUGCUCCAGUUCGAUGGUGAAGGAGGUUGGAGGUUUGAACCUCUCGAUGCCUCCACUCGUCUGUCUCUGCAGGAGGAGAAACAGCGCCUUGAGAAUCAGCUGUCAGGAAUUCCCAAGAUGCAACAGAGACUGACGGAGCUGUGUGUCCUCCUCGGGGAGAGAGGGGAGGAGGAGGAGGAAGAGUGAACCACAGAGGAGGAAGAGGAAAAGGAGGAGGAGGAGGAAGAGGAGUUUUAACUGGUUACCAUGGAGACACGCACAGUCUAACACCAGUGGUUCUGUAGCUGUCUGUUUCCAUGGUUACAGUGCAAACAGGAAGUGCCUUCAAAUAAAGAUCAACCUGCCCGUGACAUCCGAGCUCUACAAUUGGUCGGAGUUACAGGUCACGUGGUUCUUUUGUUUUUUGUAAGAUUAUUGUUUUGGCCUUUAAUGAUAGUCCAGCUGAAGAUAGACAGGAAGCAGAGAGAGGGCGAGGGACACGCAGCAAACGGCGUCCGAUGCGGGAUUCAAACCGGGGCCAGCGGUGAGGACCACAGCCUCUACACACGGGGUGGCCGCUUAACCCACUACGCUACUGACCGCCCCGGUCACAUGGUUCUUUUGUCCGUUCAUCCAUGUUGACCAAUCCCAGUCCUCGAAUGUUAUGGCGCGGAUCACACGGACCAAUCACAGAUGGCCUGUCACAGAUUUAAAGGCAUGAGCCUGAUGAUUGGCUCCACCUGCUGGACAACGUGUCAAUCAACAUAUCGAUCAAACCGAUAUAUCAAACCACAUCAACCAAUCAACGAGCUGCUGCAGAGAAUCAAACAUAACGUUUGAUCAACGUUUAUAUUACCUGUGAUGAUGCUGAUGAAGUUUAUUCUGUAGAAAAUUAAACCGAUUUUUGUGAUUUUCAAAAUAAAAUGAACUGAUUACUAAAAUUUUCAGAAAAAAA